UCGACAGACCUCAGCCUGCUUGGAGAAACCAACUCCGACUCUUGAAAAGAUGAUGACUCUGUUGUUGGGCACCAUCCUGGCUCUGGUCUGGGCCUCCCAGGCCCACCAUCACGAUACGGAUAUCACAGCAGAAAAGAUUUCAGGGAGGUGGAUCACCUUGUACAUGGCAGCCAAUGAUACAAGCCUGGUACAGACAAACGGGCCCCUGAGGUGCUAUAUGUCCUCUAUUGACCCUGCCUGGAAUGAAAACAUCAGGUUCAAUUUCUACGUCAAGAACAGUGAAGAAUGUCUACCUGUCAGCAUAGUUGCCAAGAAAAGUCCUGAAUCGGGCCAUUACAUAGUGGACUAUGAAGGCCACAAUACCUUGGAUAUCAAGAAAUUGUCUAACGACUACUUAAUGUUGCACACACAAAAUGAGAAUGAUGGAGUGGUCAGCCAUGCCACAGCACUUCUGGGAAGAAGAUCACGCCUGAGUGACAAAUCCAUUUUAAGUGAAUACUCUGCCUUUAACACACCCUGGGACAUUGUAAAGGAAAACAUCAUUGAAGUCCAGUCGGAGGACACUUGCACCUCAAAAAGUACUUAGAACAAGGCCUCUUUGCCCUUCCAGAAGAGCAGAGAGGAAUCGGCUCCAAACACCAGAGACCACUUGGGAUCAUCUCUCCAGCGAAGAAUUCUCUUUUUCUCUCUCCCCCUCCCACUUCCCUGGCCCUCAAGCCCGUGCAAGUAAUCACUGUACCUAGUUCAAUAAACUGCUGCAGCAUUGA